AUGGUACAAUCUCUGUCGUUUCUUUCGGACGUGGUUAAUGAGCUAAGUUUUGAUUCGGAAACAGAAGAAAUCAUAAGGGCUGUUCAACAAGCGGUUGCUAUUGAUAUUGAAGAAGUAGCAGCGGCUACCGUGUCAGAUCAGGAGCUACAGAAAGUGAUCAAGGCUAUCGAGACUGACAAAUGGGACCAAGAAGAUCUGAAGCAAUACAGACCGUUCCGGCUGGAGUUCUCUAACAUCAACAACUUGGUUAUGCGUGGCACGAAACUGGUUAUUCCGAUCUCUUUGCGUUCCAGGAUGUGUGAGCUGGCCCACGAGGGGCAUCCUGGCCAAUCAAUGAUGAAAAGGAGGCUUCGUGAGCGAUGCUGGUGGCCAGGAAUCGAUCAGACAGCUGUGAAAAUCUGUGAAAGGUGUGAAGGAUGUCAGUUGGUGCAAUCUUCAAAUCCUCCAGAGCCUAUGACUCGCCGUGCACUUCCUGAAAAGCCCUGGGUUGACAUAGCUAUGGAUUUCCUGGGUCCCAUGCCAUCGGGGGAGUAUCUUUUAGUAGUUAUCGAUUACUACAGUAGAUACAUUGAAAUUGAAAUUAUGACUCGAAUCACCGCCCAGGACACCAUCAAACGUCUGAAACGUAUCUUCAGAACAUGGGGUCCACCAAGGACAAUUACGCUUGAUAACGCUAAACAAUUUAUAUCCACAGAAUUCAAAGAGUAUUGUUCGACUUAUCGUAUUCACCUCAACCACACUUCGCCAUAUUGGCCGCAAGCAAACGGCGAAGUAGAGAGACAAAAUCGAUCCCUCCUUAAAAGGAUGAAAAUCGCUCACGCUAUUCAUGACGAUUGGAAGGCUGAACUUGAUAAUUUCCUGGAUUUGUACAAUAACACCCCACACACAAUAACGGGAAAGGCACCAAGCGAACUGCUCCAAGGGAGGAAACUGCGAUCGAAAAUACCACAAAUUGAAGACCUUGAGACCGUUCCGCCAACCACUGAUUUCAGGGACCAAGAUACUACCAAAAAGUUGAUGCAAAAGGAGAGAGAGAACGCUAGACGGCGCUCGAAACUAAGUAAUAUCUUCACCGAUGAUAUCGUACUUAUGAAGAACCUCCUUCCUUUGAACAAGUUAUCCACUAAUUUCUCGAACGAGAAGUUUACCGUAGUGGAUAAAAAUGGGUCCAACGUUACGAUUCAAUCGAAUGAAUCAGGAAAGCAGUAUGAUCGAAAUGUCUCACAUCUGAAAAAAUGGAACAUGUCAUCUGACACUGAAACGGAGCAAUCGACGCGUGAAAUAGACGACGCUGUCUCAGAAGGACAAGAGUCGUCUGAAACGAAUCCUUCAGGAACCUCAUUGUACCCGGACGUCGUGGCAGACAUCAUCCCUGGUCAAGAACCUCCGCGGCGAUCGCUGCGAAACAGCAGACCUACAGUUCGUUAUAGCCCUUCAAGAUAA